CCAGUGGACAGAAUCAACUCUAUUUAACCCUGUCAUUUGGCUCACAAGCGCAUAAACCGGGCAUCACUUGUCGUCCCUCUGCAUUCAUCCGACUCUUUUCUGACCUCUUUUCUUAUAAAUAUGAUCUGGCUUUGUAUCUCAUCGGUGUUGUCAAUUACUCCAGUCAUCUCUGAUCAAUAUAUUGAAACAAGCCACAUCAGAGUUUUCCCAGCAGUGAACCAAAGUAUUGCUGGAGUGUUCCAGGUUAGCAACUUAAAUGUGCUCAACCAGCCUCAGUAUGGCUUCAAUGCCUCUGAAGCUCGGAGGCUCUGCUCGUCCCUCGGAGUGAACAUUGCCUCAAAAGCACAAGUACAGGAAGCUCUCACUAGAGGCUUAGAAACAUGCAGGUUUGGAUGGAUUGAUGAACAUUUUGCUGUCAUUCCUCGCAUCAAGGCCCUUUCUAAUUGUGGCAAAAGCCAGACGGGCUUGGUGACAUGGCGAGCCUCUGUUACAGAAAAGUUUGAUGUGUUUUGCUUCAAUGAAUCAGAUGCGGCAACACAAUUAAGGGAUGCAACGACUGAUAGCCCUUUGAACAGCAGGGAUUACUCGCAGCAAACUCAGUCUCCUUCUAAGGCAGCAACCUCCACCCGGACCACGCAGUCUACGACUUCUUCCUCAACUCCUAAAACCAUAGACAAUGAGGCAGUACCAGCCCGGUUUGUCAGCAGUGUACACAGUUUUGCUGGAGCAAAGGCUAUACUCAUCACAUCAACUUGUGCCCUUCUCCUUACUGCCAUAAUCAUCCUCGCAUACAUAAAAUUGAGGAGUUGCGCUCCGAGCUCUGACAUAAAGCAGCAGCAAGAGUACAUCCAGACAGAAGAAUGGACGUGUGAGAAGAACAUAAAGGAAACCAAGCGGGCUGCACAGGAAGAUGAGACAAUAGAAGUGGUUGACAUUGCAAGUUAAACAUUUUUCUGAUGAGAUAUUUUUUAAGAGGCACUCCGUGGACAACUACUGAGGUUGUUUUUUUAGGACAAAGAUGUGUCCCUUGUUUUGUGUGAAAGUAAUGGCCAUAAAGGGCAUUUCUUUUUGUAUAUGUCAUACAGUAUGUGCUUGUUAGUAUUUUCAGUCAUCUGAUGUUAAUAAAUGGUGCAGUUUGGCCACUAGAUGGCAAUGUUGGCUAUACAAUCACUGUGAAGACUGAAGACAUUUUAUUCUUUUAACAUACUGUUUGUUGCUUCAAAUAAUGAACAUACAUGUAAAUGCAACAUUUCUACAACAAUUUCAAGCAUUGUGCCAUUAUGAACUGAUGUAUCUCCCAAAAGUUUAAUAUACUGAUAUCUUCCAAACCUCUUUAAAACAAGCUAAUUAAGGGAGAGACAGAGGAAAUGUACCAGACAUCAUCUGUUAUCGGUCAUCUAGGCUAACAUUAUGUAACACUCUCAACCACAAGUGUCCUUGUGUCUGAUGAACAGUGUAUACAGUAACUGAAAAACGUCAAGUUUCAAACUAUUUCUAUGGCAUACCCCCAUCACAAAAUGGAGUGUAAGGUACAAUUGUUUAUACAUUGUGGGUUUGUGUAAUGACAAGUGUGUGAAUGUAUUUCACACAAGCCUGGACCCCCACAGCUUUUGUCUAAACCUUUGAGAAGCAAAGUGCCAUCAGUCAUCCAAAGCAUGCGUCUUCACUUUAUCAAACUCCUUAUGAACUUGUGACCAGCUAAGCAUUGCUUUUUGAUUGGCAGGAUAUUGUAUUUUUCAUGUAAUCAUCACAUUCACUCACUGGCACUUUUCAAAAAUAAAGGUAAAUGGUGAUUACUGA